GGGGUCCUGGCACUGGAAGUGCGUGUGGCAUCUGGGACACAGCUCUAGGAGCAGAGCCUAAAGGUACUAAACCAGGAAGCUGCAGGGACAAGGAAAAGCAGAAGUGGGAGGCUUGACGACUAGACCCUCCUCCUCGAAGGGGCCUGAAGACGCCUAGCAGUGUUGCAGGUGACGUCUGUGCCAGAGAGAUGAGCCGGCGGGGCCGGGUCCCGUGGCUGUCCUGGGCUCUGCUGCUUCUCUGGGUCCCAGGUUGUUGGUCUCUGCAUGGCCCCACCUCCGUGACGGGCACCGUGGGAGGAUCCGUGAGCGUGGAGUGUCAGUACGAGGAGAAAUUCAGAGGGACUCCCAAAUACUGGUGCAAGCGCCCAUGUGUGUGGAGUAUGGUAAAGACCGAAGGGGCAGACAGAGAAGUGAGGAAGGGCCAUGUGUCCAUCAGGGACCAUCCUGCAAACCUCACCUUCACAGUGACCUUGGAGAGCCUCACAGAGGAUGAUGCCGGGACAUACCGGUGCGGGAUCGAUUCAUUAGGGCUCCCAGGAUAUUUGCUUGACCACACCUUCCGAGUUGUGCUCUCUGUGACCCCAGCAACAACGCCUGCCCCACGUGCCAGCAUCACUGUAACCCAAAUGUCAACAACCACAGCUAAAAUUACGACCACGCCGUCCCCGCCCUCCUCCGCGGCCCCGACCGCCGUGGGAGCCACCCGCAGUGCAAGCAGCCAGGAGGAGUUCCCGCCGAGCCAGGGCCCGGGGCUCCAAGUUCUCCUCUCCUUGUUGGCACUUCUGCUGCUUCUGCUGGGGGGCAGCUCGCUGCUGGCCUGGAGCAUGGUUCGCAGAAGGCUCAAAUCUGGCGAGAAUCCAAAGCAACUGCGGUCCCCCAGUCAGCAAGGAGAACCCCACUAUGCGAAUCUGGAGCUGCAGAUGUGGCCCCUUCGGGAAGAGCCCAUGCACCCGAAGCAGCCAGAGGUGGAAUACAGCACAGUGAAGGCUCCCAAGGAAGAGCCUCACUACUCGACCGUGGUGUUUGACUUCCAGAGUGGGGGUUCUGAGGCCAACAGCAUUCGCUCCCAGAGGACCUUGGACGAGGAGACACAGUACAGUGUGAUUAAGAAGACAUAAUCCUGUGUCACCAGCCCCAUCAUGUGGAGUGUGUGGAGGACAGGAGCUCAAUCCCAUGUGGCUCCAGGAAAAGACUUGACCCUCAUAGGAGGGUACCUACAAAGUUUAUAAAUUACAGCUCCAUGGAAAUGUCUGGAAUCACUGCGGCAUGGGGAGAACUGGAAGAGGGAUCAGAAUACAAAGGCCCUGAAGAUGGAGUCUCCCUUGUGUCAUGGACAAGGACCCUGUGGCCCAGAGAGCAGAGACUUGCCCGUGGUUCCAGAACCAGUGGCACGUUGCUCUGGACUCUUAGAUAAACUUUAUUUUUAAUAUUAAGAGAUAUCAAUACAGUUUAAAAUAACUUCAGAGAGAAGAAAAAAAUUAUUUAAGCCAUGCCUGCUAUGUGCCUGCGAUCCUAUGUUAAAGAACGCUCUUCCCUUUUGAAGGCUGAAUAGUAUUCCAUUUUGAGGAUCUAUCCCACUAUGCUCAUCCUUUCAUCCACCGAUGGACACUUGGUUGGUGUUUGUGUUUUAGCUACUGUGAAUAUGUUGCCAUGAACAUGGUGUGUAAAUGUCUCUUUCAAACCCUGAUUUCAAAAGCCUGACUUCUAAAUAUAUACCCAGAAGUGGAGUUGCUGAAUCAUUAGAUAAAUCUAUUUUUAAGCUUUUGAGGAA